AACAAAUUGCCAAGGCAAGUGCGUAAACCUAAAUAAAAAGGUCACUCAGCCGGCAGAAAAUCGAACAUUGGGUGCACAAAGGGGCCGCUUGAAAAACUGAAUAAGGUGGUACUCGCUCUCUCUAGCGCUCCGACUACAAUAACAAUGGCGGAUGCGUAUUGGAUGUACGGUGACGGUAGGCAGCAGGUGGCUCUUCCUCUCGCCGGAAAACGCCCUCGCUCCGACUACGAUGUUCCUGGUGGACAUGAGAUGUCUGGAUACUAUGGUCGUGAUGAUGAAAGAGCAGGAGCACACCGUGUAGUUAAAGAUACUGACUCCAUUAAUGCAUCAUAUGAUCGUUACCUGCGCAGUGCGCAACUUACAUCUUAUGCUGGGGCUGAAUCGUCUAGACCGAUGAGUGGUGGACUUGGUGGUCGUCCUGUUGACGAUCCUCGCCUUAUGAGUAUUGGGGGUUUAGAACCAGCAGUGAGUGCAAAAACCCGGCCUAUGGGAUUGGGGGGUGGGAGACCAGAACUUCCUCUACCUCCUGAUGCUUCUAGUACGCUCUUUGUGGAGGGCUUGCCUGCGAACUGUACACGCAGGGAAGUAGCUCAUAUAUUUCGCCCUUUUGUAGGUUACAAGGAAGUGAGACUUGUGACCAAAGAAUCAAGACAUUCCGGGGGUGACCCACUGGUAUUUUGUUUUGUCGAUUUUGUGAGUCCAGCCCAUGCGGCAACUGCAAUGGAUGCCUUGCAAGGUGAGCUCCUUGCCUGCAUUCCUUUUGCUUCAAGUUGCAGGAAACUGAACUCUUGUCCUUAUACUGUUUGUCUACUCUAUUCUUUCUUAUGUAGUCAGUGAAAAAGUAUUUCACUCUGAACUAUGUAGUAUAAAUUUUUUUUAAUAAUGUCUAGUCUCAAUCAGGGUACAAAAAUAUAGAUUUUUUUUCCCGCUCUAGGAGAAUCGAUAAAAGUGAGAAGGG